GCCGGGAUUGUUCUCUCCUCUUUGCAUCCCAAUAGAAAGCAAGCCACUCAGUACAGGGAAUAUUUUACAGGGCUUUCAGCUCUUUCUUUUUCUUUCGACGGACUGCAUCCGUCAAGCCGCUCCGAUUCGCAAGGCAACAUACAGGACUCCAUAUGAACCCUUCAGGCUUCCUCCGCUCAUGCGCCUUGCCUCCACCUCGCGCCCAACUCACGCUUCAUACGCCCAUCGGCAGUCGGCAUGAAGCAGCGUCACAGAAUUUUGUCACAAGUUCAACCUCGCCCACGUGACAGUACGCGUUAAUUCGACAGCUGCUGGACGCGUCUCCCCUGAGUUCCGCGUCUUCUUUCCUCCCACCAUCUACCCGACAAACUCGCCAUGUACGCCUUCUUUGCUACCCUCACCGUCUGCUUGCUCGUUGCGCGUACCCUCGCCUUGCCUUCCCCGCACGUACCGAAGGUCGGAUCGCUGCCGUCAUUUCGUCUACCUCGCGCCGACUCAGGAUGUCGUCCUUCGCACACAGACUUUACCUCGUCUUUGUCUGAUCUGUAUACUACUGUCGAAGGCGACCAUGCUAUCACACACAAGGGCUUGGAAAUGUUUCUCGAGAGGCCGCACGGCGAAGUGAAGAUGGACAGGAAGACGGCUACGAAUGACGUGGUGGGGACGGGCACGACGGUCAACUCGACCUACGAAUUGAGCCACGGCAAGGUCACCUGGGAGGUCUCCGCUCCAGCUGUCUCCGGCGUCGUCACUGCCGUCAUCCUUGUUGGUGCCAACACCCCCGGCGAAAUUGACGUCGAGCUCCUCGGCGGCGACCCCGCACACUGGCAGACCAAUGUCUUCGCGCCCACGGCCCAGGACCCGCGCCCGCUCUUCGGGACCUUCUCUUCCGUCGAAGACGUACCGGGUCCGGAGGGUAUCCCCGCGUUCCACAAGUACUCGAUCGACUGGAAUGAGGAGCGGAUCGUGUGGACGGUGGAUGGGAAGGAUAUGAGGACGUUGGAGAGAGCCAAAGCGCGCAAGGACGGCUUUGAGCACUACCCGACUGGUGAGCUGCGCGUGCAGCUGGGCAUUUGGGACGCGAGCAGCCCGGCGGGGACGUCCGAGUGGGCGCGGGGGCCGAUUGAGUGGGAGAAGACGGCGAGCAGGAUUAGCGCGUACGUGCGGUCGGUGCAAGUGGAGUGCUGAGGGGCUUCGCGAUGUUGAGAA